UGAUGAUCUGUGAUCAUUGCUCUGGAGAACUACAGAGCUACCAGUGACUACAUUCUCGCCAUAAAAAAGUAUAUCUGAUAUUAUCGGUAUAAGAUGUGCCUUCUGCUAGCUGCCGUGUGGGUUUUGUUCGUCUUGGAAUCCAAAGGUGCUAUAGCGGCGUCACAGCAGCCCAACAUCAUCUUCGUCUUCGCUGAUGACCUGGGGUGGAACGACGUGAGCUUCCAUGGCUCGGACCAGAUCCCGACGCCAAAUAUCGACGCUCUGGCGUAUCACGGCGUCAUCCUCAACAGCCACUACGUACAACCCGUGUGUACUCCAUCGAGAGCAGCCCUUAUGACUGGGAAGUACCCCAUUCGCACAGGUAUGCAGGCCCACGUGAUAGGAGCCGCUGACCUGAGUGCCCUGCCGGCAGGCAAGAUCCUGCCGCAGUACCUGCGUGACCUCGGCUACGUCACCAGGGCGAUCGGCAAGUGGCACCUGGGCCAUCACGCCAAGAACUACACUCCGGCAUACCGCGGGUUCGACACACACUUCGGCUACUGGAACGGCAUGGUCGGCUACUACGACUUCGUAGUUCAAUCAGGCGACGUGUGCCCGUCACAGAGAGAUAUGAACGGCUACGACAUGCGCGACAACAUGACGACCGCAUGGCAGUAUUCGGGCCAGUACGUGACGGACGUGUUCACGGAGGAGGCGGAGAGGCUCAUCGGCCAGCACGACACGCAGAGGCCGCUCUUCCUCUACUUUGCCCACCUCGCCUGCCACUGUGGGAAUGAAGCCAAGCUGCUGGAUGCUCCUCAGGAGGUCGUCAACAGAUUCAAUUACAUCUCCGACCCGAACCGCCGCCUCCUAGCAGCCGUCGUCUCGAAGAUGGAUGAAUCUGUGGGACGAGUUGUGGCCGCCCUGGAAAAACGUGACAUGCUGAACAACUCCAUCAUAGUGUUCGCGGCCGACAACGGCGCUCCUACAAGCGGAAUCCUUCCGAACUGGGGUUCCAACUACCCUCUCAGAGGGAUGAAGGGCACCCUCUGGGAGGGUGGCGUGCGGGGCGUGGCCGCCGUGUGGAGUCCGCUGCUGCAGAACACGCCCAGGGUGUCCAACCAGCUGAUGCACGUCACCGACUGGCUGCCCACGCUGUUCGCCGCGGCAGGAGGAAACGCAUCUUCCCUCCCAGAUGACCUGGACGGCGUCAACGUGUGGCCAGAGCUAGUGGCCGAUGAACCACACCCGCGGACCGAGCUGCUCGUCAACAUCGACGAAAAGGCCGGCAACGCAGCCGUGCGGGUCGGACAUUGGAAGCUCAUCAGAGGAACGCAGAGGGCAGAGGUGUACGAAGGAGCGAGCGGCUCGGAAGAUGCGGCGUACACGCCCCCUUACGACGCCGAGCAGGUGUUGUCCAGCCCGGCUGGCCACGCCCUAUCCAGCGCGCUCGGCAGCCGCACUCCAGCCGAGGAGGUGCUGAGGCUGCGCGCGGAGGCAACCGUCUCCUGUCCAGACCGUCCCUUGGAGCCGCUGUGCUCCCUCCAGAACAACACCGACUUCUGCGUCUUCAACAUCCUGGAGGACCCCUGCGAAUCCGGCGACGGUGUACCUCCUGAAGACGUCCUCGCCACGCUGCUGCACCGCCUGGAGGCUCUGUCGCAACCGCUGGAGCCCCAGCAGGAGGGCGAGACGGAGCCCGACCUGGCUGACCCCAGGCGCUGGAACGGCACCUGGGUGCCCUGGACAGACUGCCUCGUCGACCAGACGGACGAGGCUUGCAAUGUCGUCUGA